UCGUGUUUACACAGAUGCGCGUUCCUGAGAGCUGGAUCCGCGUUCACGAGGAGGUCUCAACCGGGCGUUUCAAGGCUGCGUGAAAAUAAAACCCACCUGCACAGAUAACGGAUAACGCUGUAACUGAAAGAUGUGGAAGUCAGUUGUGGGUCACAAUGUGAGCAUGAAGGUGGCCGCAGAGGGGGAUGACUGGGAAACAGACCCCGACUUUGAGAAUGAUGUAUCGGAGCAAGAGCAAAGGUGGGGAGCCAAAACUAUUGAAGGCUCCGGACGUGCAAAGGAACACAUCAGUGUUGCGGAGCUCCGGAACAAGGUUGCUGUGGAGCACGAGCAGGUGAAGCAGAAGGAGUACACCCCCAAAACCUCAUAUGGAUACGGAGGGAAGUUUGGGGUGGAGAAGGACAGAAUGGAUAAGGCAGCUGUGGGUCACGACUAUGUCGCUCAGGUGGAGCAACAUUCAUCCCAGAAAGACAUGGCAAAGGGAUUUGGUGGGAAAUUUGGUGUUCAAAAGGAUCGUGUGGACAAAUCUGCUUUGGGCUUUGAGUACAAAGGAGAGGUGGAGCGGCACACCUCUCAAAAAGAUUAUGCAAAGGGGUUUGGAGGAAAAUAUGGCGUGGAGAAGGAAAAAGUGGACAAGGCGAGUUUAGGUUACGACUACAAAGGAGAAACAGAGAAGCACCAGUCACAGAAAGAUUACUCAAAGGGAUUUGGAGGGAAAUUUGGCAUCGAGAAGGACAAAGUGGAUAAAGCGGUGGUGGGGUACGAUUAUAGGGGCGAAACGGAGAAACAUCAGUCGCAGAAAGCAGGUUUUGGAGGUGGAAAUGGGGGUCAGGUGGGCCGCGUGAAUAAGGAUGCAACAGACUUCUUGAGCAAGGACUCCCCAAGUUCUGUUUAUGAAAAGACCAAACCAGUUGAGGCGUCAAGUGCAGGCGCGGGGAAGCUCAAGGCUCGCUUUGAGAGCCUGGCUAAAGUCUCAGAAGAGGAGAACAGGAGGAAAGUAGAAGAAGAAAGAGCAAGAAGGCAGGCCAGGGAAAGCCGAGAGCGAGAGGAGGUCAAACGCAAACAGGAGCUCAAAGAUGAGGAGGUAGAGCCCCCGCCUGUAGAUAAGGCUCCAGAGUACAACGUGCCGCCAGUUGAAGCCUACUACCACACCCCAGAAAAGGAAGAAAUGCCUACUCAAGAGGUGGAGGAAGAACAGGAAUACGAUGAGCCGCCAGCUUUGCCGCCACGCCCAGAGGAUUUUGAAGAAGAGGCUCCGCCUCUGCCCGGAAGAUCACUGGAAGAGGAUGAAGGAGAUUAUGAUGAAAUUAUUGAAGCUCCUCCUCUUCCUACAGUAACAGAAGUUGAGAACGAAUAUGAAGACUUGUCUCAUGGCCAAAAGGCGAUUGCGAUUUAUGACUAUCAGGGAGAGGCAGAAGAUGAGAUUUCCUUCAAUCCAGAUGACAUUAUCACUAACAUAGAGAUGAUCGACGAAGGCUGGUGGAAGGGACAGUGUCACGGUCACUUCGGCUUGUUUCCCGCCUCUUACGUUCAGCUGAUUUAAACUUUGUUUUUUUGCACACUCAAACGCUGACUCCUUGUACGGAUAUGAAGAAAUCAGGCAACUAUGUACCAAUGCACCAAAUCAAUCCUCAUAAUGUAUCCAACUAGAAAUGAGUACAUCUGUCCAUCUAUAUAUUGCAGUUCUCCUUUCACAAUCUUUCUGUUAAGCAGAUUUUUUCCAGUACAAUUGUGCAUCAUGCCUUUCUUUUUUAACACUGAUUUAUCCCUAAAACAUCUGUAAUCCUAUACUUCAUUUUACCUAUUGCGGGUUAUUCUUAGAAGGUAGCCCCGACGAUAAACGAGGGACCACUGUAACUCCAAAAUCUGAAAUGAUCCAAAUAAAGAAAACUGAGCACUUUCUA